AUGCUAGUUCUGACAUGGCGACUUAUUACCAAAGUCCUGAUAGUUAUAGUUUUUGCAUGUCGGGUGUUUUCGCUCAGGAGCACGCCCACUUCGAAUCCCGAAGACUGGAAGGUAAUAGAGUCACUGGCAGAAGAGUAUCCAUAUGUGGUCGGCCUUUUAAAUGGCAUGAAAGAUUACAUCUGCACGGGUAGUAUCAUCAGCAAGCAAUCGAUUUUGACGUCGGGCAGCUGCGUCACCUACGAUCCCAAAUAUGCUCUGAUUAGUGCUGCCAUGUACAACAAACACGUUAACAACGGCACUGUGUUCGAAGUAGCUUACACCAAACUCCACGCAGACUACAUAUUUGAUCUAAAAACUUCGGAUCCCAAUGUCACUCGCAUGCAUAGCAAUAUUGGUCUGGUAUUUGUGACGCGACCCGUCUUGGAAGUUUUUAUUAAUUCGGCUGACAUUGGCAACUAUUACGCAUCGGAGUUAAAGGAGAAAAAACUAAUAGCCGUUGGCUUUGGAAGACUCGGUACGGCAGAUACGGUAGCACUUCAGCAUCAAGCUUACCAUCAAACCCCAUGUACGAACCCGAAAUGGUACUACUGCGUGUGUGGCAUCGAGUACUCGUCGUACACGAAGACGUACAACUUUGAGUUCGGCACCGGAGCGCCGGUACUGUAUGGCGCUGAACUAGUCGGCAUCACUGCAACUCCUUGUGGAACUCUAACUAUGAAAAACUUGGGAAUCAAAUAUAAUAUAUUUACCGUCAUAGGACCUUAUCUACCAUGGAUAGAUAAAUCACAAAUGAACACAGUAAAUAAACAUAAAUUAAAAAGUACUACUGGCGGCACCAGCCUGAAACAAAGUCAAUUAUUCAAACCUUUUUGUAUAUUAUUAGUGAUUAGUAAAGCACUUGCAUGAAGUUAUUACUGGUUUUCCUAUUUAUCGAACCUUAGGACUAAAAUAGGUUCAUUAACUCGUGAUAGACCCAUUG